CCUCUCGCGUCUCCGCAGGAGACAUGGAUCCGGGAUGGACCACGAUUGACGACGGACUGUAUUGUUGCCCCGGAAUCUCUGAAGGUUGGACGCGCGCCCGAAGCUCCCCGGCAUUGCACCAUCACUAGAUUGCUGAGCGAACUCGGUUGCUGACACCGAGGUACAACCCGCGCAAUUGAGCCUUGCGGACCUACACGCAGGAAAAGGAUGGCGGCACCGACCGCUCCGGACGAUCCUUCGCCUGUCGAAGUCCUCACAAAUGUACCCCGGCUCUCGCUGUACGAAGCAUCUGGUGUCACGCUUGGUGCCCGGGGUAGUGGCAGCCCGGGGAUGCUCAAUGAUGCCACCAGUCCGGACUCCGCGGCGCAAGAUCCUCAAUUUGGUGGACGAUGCGCUUCGAGCAGCGCUAGGACAGUAGGUGGCAAAGCUGGCAUGUUCAAUGGCCUAGCAGAGGGCAUGAGCAUGGCGAACGGUCGUCUCUUUGGACUUAAUCCGUUGCUUUCCUCUGCUUCGACGAUCGACACCAUUGACAGCAGGCCGGUGCAUCCUUUAGAUGCAUAUUACGGCGCUGGAAACAGUCACAACAGCGAUCAGUCUUUGCCUAGCAUCGCGUUGCACAUACCCGUCCGAUGGAAUCCACCCUUUUCCUCUGAAUCCGUACUACCAGCGUCAGUGCGGCGACAAGCCGGGGCUGUCUGUGUACCGGAAGAUCUACAAGACGGCCUCGCUACGCUGGCCAAAUUCGCUGUCAGGCGAAAUGUAACCUUUGCACAGGACGAGCUUUUUCCAGACAGCUUCGCUCUCGGAUCGAAAGGUAACGGCAGCGGUAAUGUUAGGAGAGUGAGGGGUACAAUGGCGACGGAAGAGGAAGCACAAAUCCCAGCAGGCUGUGUUGCACCAGGUGGGAGAAUAUUGGCACAGGGCGUUGGCGCUCGAUGGUACUGGAAUGUGAUUUUCGAGAAAGUCGACGACAUCUCCAGCCACAAUGAGCUCACUGAUCAGCCGAGCAACAACGUACACCGCAGAGCAGCAUUGGGCUUCCGCCUCACCUGUUCAGCUCCAAGUUUUGCUCCAUCUCCCACGUCGGCGACGACUGCUGAAGCCAAUUUCGGGGAAGGAGAUGAAAUUGACGGAAGACCAUUCAUUAUCACGGUCCGCUACACCCGACAAUGCGAUGCUUUUCGCGCGUUAGGACACCUUCUCGGCGUCGCGCGAGAUUGCUUGGCUCCCUACUCUUCGGAAGGCGCUGGCGCUGCAGACUGCUACGAGGGCCUUAUUUCUGUAUCACUUUCAGCUUCUCCCUCAUCUCCUUCGGCUCAGCACCAAGAUCAGCAGCAGAGAUGGUACAUCCGUGCCACAUCGCUCGUUUCCGAGCGUUUGCAUGGUUUCGAGGCGACGUGCAACGUCGAGACACUCGGCACGAUGAUUGAUUGCAGCAGAAACGGGGUGCUCACCGUGGACAGCGUUAAGUUCCUUGUUCGAAAACUGGCACUCAUGGGAUACAACAUGCUUCAGCUGUACACGGAAGACACUUACGAGAUUCCGGACGAGCCUUUCUUCGGAUACCUGCGGGGAGGAUACACAGAUGCGGAGCUUAGAGAGAUCGACGAUUACACAUUUGCCCUGGGUAUAGAGGCGAUACCUUGCAUUCAAACACUAGGGCACUUGGGACAGAUGCUGCAAUGGCCACGUUUCGUCAAUUUGCGCGACACAACCGAAGUACUGCUUGCCGAAUGGCCCGAGACGUACGUUAUGCUCGAGAAAAUGAUCGCGGCGGCCACGUCGCCCUUCCGAACGAAGAAGGUCCAUCUGGGUAUGGAUGAGACGCAUGGGCUGGGACGUGGCCGAUACCACAGCAUAUUUGGACAACGUAACUACAAGGAUCCGACGCGCAUAUUUGUCGAGCACCUUCAGCGCGUCAACGCCAUCUGUAAAAGGAUGGGCCUCAAGCCAAUGAUCUGGAGCGACAUGUUAUUCUGCUUGCAAGCCCGCAAUAACUCUCUGCUCGGCUACUACGACGCGAACACCACGCCUGACGUGCAGGGUAUCCCAGAAGAGAUCGAGCUGGUCUACUGGGACUACUAUCACACCAGUGUCGAUUCAUAUAGCAGCCGCAUCAAGUCGCAUCGUGACCUGAGACCGAACCAGUCGCCCUGGAUGGCCGCAGGAUCAUGGACCUGGUCGCGGUUUUGGACUGCCUUGCCUUUCACCUUUGCAACGUGCCGAGCAUCGCAGAACGCCAUCAAGCAUCCCAGCAGCGGCGUCAAGCAUGUCUUCCUUACCAUUUGGGGAGACGAAGGAAAUGAGGUCGACCUGUAUUCGAGUUUGCCGGCGUGGUUGUACUACGCCGAUCAUGCGUACACCGCAAAGCAGGAGGUCGACGUCCCGCUUCUUCGCGCAAAGUUCGACGGAAUCGUCGGUGGCAGUUUUGAUGAUUUUGUUGUUGCGUCCAGGCUCGACGACACGCACCCUGAGAAGCAGAGCAUCGACGAUCGCAUUCACUUCGCUCCGAACACAUCGAAGUGGCUGCUCUGGGAGGAGCCUUUCUUCGGCUUUAUCAGCCCUAGCUUGGCGCUCAGCGGCUCUGAUCUGGCGCUUAACUACCAGGAGCUCUCAUCAUACCUCUUUGCGCGCUUAUCGACCAUUCCCACUGUACUCGCCAUACCUAGCGCACAGCCCCUUCUACCUACAUCCAUUGUUGACUAUCCUUUUAACUCCCGUCUACGAUUCCCUUACCUGCUUGCCAAGGCACUUGCUCUCAAAGCCGGCUUAAGGGCGAAGCUGCAUGAGGCGUACACCUCGCAAAACUGGUCGGAACUAAACAGAUUGGCUGGGCCGGCUGAAACGUCGCAAUUGAGCCAGCUCAAGGAGACCAUCGAGAAACUGUGGAAGUACCAUCGUCAACUGUGGAUGAGCAUGUACAAGCCCUUCGGAUGGGAAAUCGUUGAGCUCCGUUAUGGUGGUCUUCGAGCAAGAAUCGACUCCAUGUCGACUCGCAUCCGUCGGUUCCUCGAGCACCUGCUUGCCGGUGGCCAGGUGGGAAUAUCACUGCAGGAUCAGUCGGCGGCCGAUACAGAACAGAUCAUGGUCAAUCCUUCGGCAGCGGAGACAGAUGAUUACGAAGAGCAAGUCACCAGUCUUCCAGAACUUGCAGUCAAGUUGCACAUUGUCUAUUCCAGUCCCGACCAACUACUCGAUUAUCAUCGUGCCACCCGGCCGACAUACUGCUAGAUUCAGCUCAACACGGGCCGCUUGCAGCAAUACGCCUCGUUUGACCCAUACAACCAAGGCCCCAAGCAUCUCAUUGUAACAAUAUCAGCUCAACUUUCCGCACUUGCAAUGGUAAUUACCUGUUGGACGAUGUCGAGUCCGGAGUGGUCCGCUUCUUCCGCGAGCUUUUCCGUGGCCAUUUCACGAGCAUGAACAUUCAGAGGGGUAAUUCAAUCGUGCACAGCAAGGAUUCGACCAGCAGCUCCGCAAGAGAUGCCUUCGAGGUAUGAUUCGACUUUCAUGUCUAAACUACACUAGUGAUAUAUGUGAGCGUGCCAAGAAAGGAUAGG